AUGUCGAAAAUACAAGACACCGUCUUGAAAAGACAAGACGAGAAUUGGAGGGAAGAUGAGCGCGAUCAUAGACGUGUUCGAGCGAUUACCAAUGGUGUCAAGAACCCUGGGAGACCUAGCGUGGGAAACGUGAAAAAGGUGCUUGAAACGGCCGUUCUGGUGGGUUCAGAUAGUGAAGAAGUGAGACGGAAACUGGCGCAGCAUCGUGAAACAGGGUCGUGGGCCCAGGGUCGUGUGGAAUACGCGUUUUACAAAAUAUUGUUGAGUAUGCUGCUAGUGGCCUAUGCAUGUGUGCGAUAUGCACAGUACGAAUACAACCGUGUUAAGAUUUUGGUGCUAAAUUUGGCGUACAACCCUUCGAAUACGCCGCAACUAAUCCGCCAAGACGUGCUAAAAUUGCCAAAGUUGCCCAAACGACUGGCGGCGAUUUUGGAGACAAAACCUGAUGGCGACGUUGGUGGCGGUGUUGGAGGGGUACUGAAUGAUGGUAGUGAGCUUGUUGCGUGGUCUGUUUCGGCUGGUAUAAAGCAUCUCAUACUGUACGACCACGACGGUCAUCUAAAGCGUAACGUUGACGAUUUCCGCAGUAAUGUGUUCCAUAAACUUUCCAAAUUCUACGAUCCCAGCAACGUGCCCAAAUUUGCCGUUCGGGUUCCGCAAUGGAAUAAAGUGUAUUUUAACACACCGGGCACAGAGACUGGCGAGGCCAGAAAAGUGGCCAUUGAAAUCUCGCUACUUUCGAACCGCGACGGUCGCGAAACCAUCAUCGAUCUGACCAAGACCAUGGCCGAACUAUGCGCUCAUAACGAGAUGAAGCUUUCCGAUAUUACGAUGAAACUUAUCGAUUCCGAGCUUACGCAGCUUGUGGGCCAUGAGCCCGAUUUGCUAUUGUAUUUCGGACCCAGUCUUGAUCUACAAGGCUUCCCGCCCUGGCACAUCCGUCUUACCGAAUUUUACUGGGAGCAGGACAAUGACCAGGUCACUUACGCCGUGUUCAUUCGUGGGUUGAAAAAGUACGCUUCCUGCAAAGUAAAUGUGGGCAAGUGA